GGGCCUCAGAGUUUACCUCAGAGAGGCUGGGCCAGGCCUUGUUUGGUUCCAGAGACGCGCUGACAGAACUAGAGCGAAGCGGAGGGAGGCGGAGUCGCCUUCGUCAGCGCCUGGAAGCGGUGGUGGUGGUGGUUGUUGUUGUUGUUCGCUCCUUUCCGUCUGCAGCGGCGGAAGGGUCGGGAGUGCCCCAGGCCAUGGUCCCCCCGGGCCCCUCGUGGCCUCGGAAGCAGGAGCGGCGAGGAGGGGAAACGGAGGAGGGGGCCGCGUUGCGUCGGCCGCCAUUGCCUGCGGGGGCUGCGAGGCGGUUAUGAGAGGAUGGAGGCGGACGAGGUGACCAUCCGCGAGCAGAACUUCCACAGCCAAGUGCGGGAAUACACGAUCUGUUUUCUUCUGUUUGCUAUUCUGUAUAUUGUUUCCUACUUCAUUAUCAGAAGAUACAAGAGGAAAGGAGAUGAGCAAGAAGAUGAAGAUGCAAUUGUCAACAGAAUUUCACUGUUCUUGAGUACAUUUACUCUUGCAGUUUCAGCUGGUGCCGUCCUUCUUUUACCUUUCUCCAUAAUCAGCAAUGAGAUCCUACUCUCUUUUCCACAAAGCUACUAUAUUCAGUGGUUAAAUGGCUCUCUAAUUCAUGGUUUAUGGAACCUCGCUUCCCUAUUUUCCAAUCUUUGUUUAUUUGUAUUGAUGCCCUUUGCUUUCUUUUUUCUGGAGUCAGAAGGUUUUGCUGGCUUAAAAAAGGGGAUCAAAGCACGCAUUCUGGAGACCAUUGUAAUGCUCAUUCUUCUUGCACUGCUCAUCCUUGGAAUAGUGUGGGUAGCUUCAGCUCUCAUAGACAAUGAUGCUGCGAGUAUGGAGUCUUUGUAUGAUCUUUGGGAAUUCUACCUCCCCUAUUUAUAUUCCUGUAUAUCAUUGAUGGGAUGUUUGUUACUUCUGUUAUGUACGCCAGUGGGACUUUCACGAAUGUUUACAGUAAUGGGUCAGUUGCUUGUAAAGCCAACGAUCCUUGAAGAUCUGGAUGAACAAAUAUAUAUUAUCACCCUAGAAGAAGAAGCUAUCAUGAGGAGGCUAAACGGGAUUUCUUCCCCAGUGGAGUAUAACACAAAACAGCUGGAACAGGAGCUGAAUAAUGUGAAGAACAUGAAGACAAAAUUGGAGCGGCGGAAAAAGGCUUCUGCAUGGGAGAGGAAUCUGGUAUAUCCAGCUGUAAUGAUAUUGCUGCUAAUUGAAACGGCAAUCUCAGUCCUUCUGGUUGCUUGUAAUAUUCUUUGCCUGUUGGUUGAUGAAACUGCAAUGCCGAAGCAGUCACGGGGCCCUGGCAUUGGAAGUGCCUCUUUAUCUACCUUUGGUUUUGUUGGCGCAGCACUUGAGAUCAUUUUAAUUUUCUAUCUUAUGGUCUCCUCUGUAGUUGGCUUCUAUAGCCUGCGCUUUUUUGGAGAUUUUACUCCCAGAAAGGAUGACACAACUAUGACAAAGAUAAUUGGAAAUUGUGUUUCUAUAUUAGUCCUUAGUUCAGCGUUGCCAGUUAUGUCAAGGACACUGGGCAUUACAAGGUUUGAUCUCCUUGGAGACUUUGGAAGGUUUAACUGGUUGGGGAACUUCUACAUUGUGCUAUCCUACAACCUGCUGUUUGCCAUUAUGACAACCCUGUGUUUGGUUAGAAAAUUCACUUCAGCAGUUAGAGAAGAACUUUUCAAAGCACUAGGUUUGGAUAAGCUUCACCUCUCACAUAAUGCAAGAGACUCUGAGACAGCAAAGCCCUCUGUGAAUGGGCAUCAGAAAACACUGUGAAACUCAGUGACACACUGGAGCUCAGUUCUUCAGCUUCAUAACAUUCCUGUCACUUCAUCACAUUUGUUUUUUGUAUUGCUUUUACCUGUUUGUAUUUUGGGUCCAACGAUAAAACUGUGCCCAAGAAAGCUGGGUGCAUCAGGCUCUACUCUUCUUUCUUGGAUUAGUCUGUUUUCCUCCCAGCAUGUCUUUCAGCUGGUUCAGAAGUGUCUCUUGAGACCUGGAAGCUGAAAAGAAAACUGCAUUCCUCUUGAAGAGAGACUGUAUUGAUCUGACAGUGUAUGGGGCCAAUAAUACAAAGUUGGUGUAUUUCCAGUAAGAUUGCAUUAUGAAAACUUGCUAACUUGCAGUGUAGAAAGGCCCAGAAUCAAUUAAUUUGCCUAUUAAAUUUGUAUUGUAAUUGUCUAAGAUACAAGCAGUUUUAGCUCUAAGCUACAAACUGUCCUGCACUGGAGACAACUUCCAUUGUGAUUAAUGAAUUAUGCAGUAACUUAACCUCCCACUGCUAAAGCUGAGCCUGAAAAACUGAGUAAUUUCAUAGACCUCUGAUCAUUGUGCACAUAAUAAUGUAUAUGGGAUAGGAUAACACAGCAGUCACUUGCUCCACUAAAUAUUAUGUACAAAAAGUUCUUUUGUUUCCUUUCUGUGAAAUAUGUCACCUAUGUUUAUAAGCCGUGAGGAAAGGAGGUAAUGGAACACAGCUUUCACAGGUGUCUUUAAACGACUUUUAAGGCAGGGCAUUUCAUCUCAUUGAAACAGGCCAUUUUCCCAUCAGUUUCUUUAGCUGACUGCAUAUGUGCCUAUAACCUCUUGGGGGAAAAAAGGAGUAAUUGGGUUAGUAGAUAAUAUUGCUCAGCUUUUGAAGCACAAAAAUUUAAUUCCUGUUUAGAUAUGGUUGUAUUAAUAGAGCAUGCAAUUUUCUUUAAUACUGCUACACUUUAAAAUUUUAGAAGCCCUGUGUGUGAAAUCUAAAGCUGGAGGAACUUCAAACUGAUUUGAGCUAAUAUACUGUGAAUAGAGGUGGGUUUGUAAAGAUCAGUGUGAGUAACUGCCAAAAGAUUGCAGUUGGAUGACAUGACACACUGUGAAUAAGGACAUUUUAUAGGUUUGAUAGCAUAGCAUUAACUGGAACUUCACAAUUUGGAUCAUUUUGCCUCAGUUUGAAAAUAUUAGUAUUAUUCAGUCUCAGCAAAUCCAGUGGUUCUAACUUAUACACUGGGUUUUGAUGUGUUGCAAAGUAUCCAGAUAGCCUCACAAGUCAUGCAGCUUUUCAACAGAGAUCAGUGUUGAUAAUUUUAUUAAGGUUUCACAAGGAAGAGCCUUACUCCUUGACCUCACUGUGGAGCUUGCGGACAUCAAAUACAUUCAGGUUAACCAUUUCUUGAUCAAUUUAUGUUUUCCUUAAAAAAUUGGAAGAUAAGUUUCUAGAAAAUAGAUUAUAGCAAUUUUAAUAAUAGACAGUUGAAGUGGUCCAUAGAACAUACAGAGAGAACAUAAUUUAAUUGGAAAAUACAGGAAAGUACAAGUACAGAGAAUUGAAUAAAUUGUAACAGGGAACUGUUUGCCAUAGCAGUAGCUUAUGGCAAUCAGUUCACUCUAGUUUCUCUGUUCAAAUGUCCAUCUCAAUUUGAAAUUAGUAAUCUCAUCAAGAGAUUUGGGUGUAUCUCAUCAUCAUUGAAAUUGCAUAAAUGUAUAUUAAAGCAUUUAAAUCAUGCAGGGCACAUGCUUUUAGUGACCUGCCACCUCCACUGACACCAGUAGCAUACCUAUUCAAAAUCAGGCAAGUUCAGUAUAGUAAAUGCAUAUCCAUACAAAACUAGGUUGAGUUGUAGACUGAGUUGGCAAGUACAUGGCUGCAUGCAGAGCAGAGUUCUUUGAAUAAACAUGAUGAUUGUCAUUGGGCAAAAUUGCUAUAGAAAAUGAUGUGAAUUUAACCCAAGAGCUAGGCCCUUAUUUCCUCUUGAAGUCACCUGUGUAGUUGUUGGAAAAUGUUUUGUUGGGGGGGGGGGGAAAGAAGAGAGAAUGGUUGAAAUUAUGAAAAUUGUAUGAUUUUAGACACAUUUGUAAUAGCACACCAAGAACAAUCUGCUGUGUGGACACUGCUCAAGUAUGUGGUCAGUUCACUAUGAACCGAUUGAGUACAUGGUAUGGCAUGAGACCUCCUGUUUUAAUAUCUAGGAUAUUAUGUAGGAUCAGGUGUGCUUUUUAGUCCAUGUAUUAUUAAGAAGCUUUAUGCCCUCCAAAGAAAUGGGAAUGUUUACCUGUGUGUCUGUUGCCAAUGCAGCAAACCAUUCUUCUGUGAAAUUAAAGAAAAGUAUAGUUCAGUAGUCCCCCGCUCCACCCCAUUUGUGAUGCACUACUAUGGAAAUGAUUGUGAGAUAAAACACACCACAGUUGUUCAGUGCCCUUUCCUUGCUAGAAAUAUUAUGGUAUGUGACUGUCUCCUAUGUGUCUUGGCUUUGUCCAUACGAAACAGUCAUUUUACCUUUCAGUGCAAAAUAUUUUAUUAAAAAUUAUACUUUCCAAUGUCAUUAAAAAUCUCCUACUCUUACUUAAAAUGUAUACAAGGUUAAACACCUCUAAGGAAGUAGUUAAUUUACACCUGGAUAUUGGCGACACAUUCCUCGUUGUAUGACUAACAUUCAACAUUCAGUACCUUUUUAAGGUACAGUAGACUCUCAGCAUCAACCAUCUGCCUCAUUUAUUAUGAGGCUUAAGCACAAAAUACAUUAACUGAGUAUAUAUCAGAUCAGACCAAAAUGUAUGUAAGUAAAGUGUCUUAAAUGAGCCAGUGUUUGGGUUUCUUUUCCACUGAGUAAAAGCAGUGUUAACACAUUGUGACAAAAAUUUUGUAAAGUCUGAGCACAUAUUUACUAUUCAGCUUUUAAAGCUAAAUUCAGGUGGACAAGAGGUUUAAUUCAGAAGUUGGAUUUGCUAGGACACUGUUUACAGAUAUGUAAUGUGAUGUUUAUCAGCACCUCUCUUUGUCCAGUAUCUCUUACAGUUGCCUGUUUUACAGUGUUGAUUAAAGGAUUUGACAAGUA